AUGGACGUUGAGAUCCAGCGAUUCGUGCUUGACUUCAAAGUAUCCCGUGCUUUGGCGGUCGUCCAACACGUGUCAGGUUUGUCGCAUGGAGUGGAUCACACGCGUCACGGGGGUGUGCAGAGGCCGCGUGAAAGCAAGAGUUGCCCUCCAGAGGGCCUGUGGGGGCGAGAAGUUCCUGAGAUUGAAUGGGAACCCGAUCCUGUUCACGCCUCAUGCAGUUUGGAAUCUGUGUCGGCAGCACUUGCGGUUGUCAGACGUGCAGUCGAAGUUUCUGAUCGUUGGCCCCUGGAGUUGCCCAAUUUGCCCAUCGGUGAUGAGGAGUGGGCCUUGAUUCGGGCCUAUGACACUCACUGUCCCGCGACCGAUGUGCAUGAUGCGCUCGGUGAGUGUCAGAAAACAUGCAAGACACUUCUUGAAAGAGCCCCGCUUUAUUUGCAAUUGCCUCUGCUUCGUCACAAUUUUUGGGCUUUGAAGCCGAGCUGUGGCCAAUUCGGCCGAGGAAUUAUGCUCCUAGAUCGACUCCCUGCAAGGCCAGCACAACUACUGGAUUGGGCAGCAUGCGUAGGGCGAGGUGGGCAGAAGGGUGGCAAAGAUCUCACUCAAGGCUGUGUUCUGCAGAAGCUUAUCGAGUGCCCCCAUCUUCUUGACAAGGCAAUUCUGGAUUCACGUGCGACAGACAAUGCUUCGCAACUUUGCAUGUGCAUGCCAGCAGACCCUGCUUUAAAAUACAACUUGCGGAUGAUCAUUGUGGCAACCUUGCGACUCCCAUGCCGAAUUUGGCUUUACAAACAUGGGUUCAUCAGUGUGGCUCUUCGUGCUUACACCGAACAGCUGAACCCAUUGAGCCACAUCACCAACUUGCGAGGACAGGGCAAUGAGAGUCAACGGCGAUGGCCCUUGGAAGAUCUGGACCGACACUUGCAAGUCGAACAGCAAGGGCCCUUUGAUGAAGUUUUGCGACCGCAGAUCAAGAAGAUCAUAUCUUCCUUGUUUCAUGCCCUUGCGCUGGCUCCAUGCUCGCUCUUGCCUCUCGAAGAAUCGCAGGAAGCAAACGGACAUAGAAGUGCCAUGGGCAAAAAAGUUCGCCGGUUCGGAUUUGACUUCCUGGUCGAUGAAAGCCUGUCAGUCUGGCUCCUGGAAGUAAACUUCUUAAAGAACGGAUAUGCUCUCGGGCAUGCGCAGUCUGGCCCUGCUGGCGAUGCAAAGCGUACUUUCGUAGACCAGUUCAUGGCUGAUGAACAUCUACUACGAACGGCAUUGGCCACGCGCACGUGUGGAAGUGGGGAUUUGCCAUCAACUUUUGAGGAACUGUUACCUCAGCCUCCAUGA